AUGGGGCUCGGUGUUCUCGAGGCGAACACCACUGCACAUGUUCCAGGAACUGUCCUGCUGGACCAACAAGCUGCCCAUUCAGAGCAGCAGACUGGUCGUUUGAAGCAUGGUACAGGGAGGAAUGCGAAUAUUGUUUUAGCACCGCAGCCAUCUGAGGAUCCGAAUGAUCCAUUGAACUGGUCAUCACUCAAGAAGCAUAUUGUUCUGGCCAUCAUUUUCUUUGGGGUGAUCAUACACGGUGUUGUACCAGGACCGAUCCUCAAUGCUGGCAUCAUCCAGAUCUCUCUGGAUCUCAAGCACUCUCCCACCGAUGUAGCCAAACUCUCGGGUUAUUCUCUCCUCGCGACAGGGGCCAUGGGUCCGUUUGCCUCUGCCUUGGGCCGAAAGUACGGCAAACGCCCCAUGUACGUGUUCUCAUCCUUGAUCGGUACCAUUGGAAUCAUCGUCUCCGAAGUGGCGUCUGGCUACAAUACGCUCCUGGCUGGUCGGGUUCUUCAAGGAAUAGGUAUCGCUGCAUACGAGUCUCUUGCUGUUGCAUCCAUCGGAGACAUGUUCUUCGUCCACGAGAGAGGUCCGAGAGUUGCCAUUAUCAUCUUUCUGUUGGCUGCGAUAUCCAACGGAAUCUCGAUUAUUGCUGGCGUCAUCACUGAUCACCUUGGCUGGCAUUAUAACUUCCACAUCUACAUACCUUUUGCGGCGGUCCAGACAAUUCUGGUCAUCCUUUACUGUCCCGAGACGAUGUAUCGACGAAAAGCCAUAUACGAAAUUGACACGGCGGGCUCUGAGGAAAACCUAGAGAAACUAGCAAGCGUGGAAGCACGAGCUGUGGAUCACCUCGAGGGGAAUGGCAAUGCAACCACGAUCGAUGCAAAUACCGACCUGGAGAAAUCCAUGACUAACACCACCCAGACGUCCGUUGAUUCUGUACCACCGCCAAAGACGUUCGUCCAACAACUUGCCCUUUACAAUGGCACCUUUGUGGAUGAUUCCGUCAUCAAGAUGGCCAUUGCCUCAGUUGCAAUUCUGCUCAACCUGGGAGCGCUCUAUCAAGUUCUGAUGACAGGUGUCAUUAUUGCUUGGUAUGUGGCCGUGGCAAUUCUGUCAGGUGUCAUCUUCGCCUCGCCUCCCUACCUUAUGUCCUCCGCCUCUGUCGGGUACAUGUCUGCAGGGCCGUUCAUUGGCGGGUUGCUGGGUGCAGUCUUUUCAUUCGUGGUCUCGGAGCCCCUCGUCAAGACGAUGUCGCGUCGGAACAACGGUGUCUAUGAACCGGAAUUCGCGCUGCUCCCUGUCAGUCUUGGCGGAGUAUGCUCCGUUGCCGGUCUGGUUGGCUGGGCCUACGCCGUCAAGAACUUCGAAAACAUCUACCUGAUCUGCUUCAUAUGGGGAAUCAUUCUGUUUGGAAUGACCAUAGUUGCUAGUUUUGCGACACAGUGGGCUCUCGACGCAUAUCGCCAAAACAGCACAGAAUUGUUUAUUAUGAAUAUGGUAUUUAAGAACUUCUUCUUCUAUGGGCUUACAAACUAUGUGAUCGACUGGUAUACGAACCAUGGACCUGUUGAUAUGGCAGGAACUAUGGCAGGGAUUACGGGAUUCUUAUGCCUGCUUGGGAUACCGAUGUACAUCUUUGGGAAGAAGUACCGAUAUUUCUGGCACAAGCAUAAUGCGCUGAAGUGGUUACACCUGGAAACGGACCAUGCUGGGGCUGAAGGGGGAAUGUGA